AUGAAAAUAACUCCAACUAUAGUAGCAUAUAAAUCAGAUAAAGAUUUAUUUGAAUUAAAAGAAUGGUUUUAUAAUUUCAAUUCCAAAAAUGAUUAUCGUCAAAGGGCAAUAAAUAAAGUUGAAGCAAUGUUAACAAGAGGUAGAUUACCUCAUGGUAUAGAAGCAACAUCAUUAUUAUCAUCAGUUAUAUUAACUGACCUAAAAAAUCCAAAUAUGGAAUCAAAUGUAUUACAACUAUCAUAUACAAUGGCUAUAAUAAGAUUUGUAAAUGGAUUAAUUGAUCCUUUCCAAAAAUCAAAUUAUGUUGUUCCAAUGCAAUUAUUAGCAAAACAAUUAAAUUUACCAACAUCAUUUGUUGAAUUAAGACAUAUGGGAACUCAUGAAAAUUUACCAAGUCUAGAAAUGUUACGCAUAGCUUGUGAAAAUGCAUUGAAUUGGUUAUUUGAUCAUUAUUGGUGUCAUGUAAAUGAAGAUAUAGUGGAAGAAUUACAAAAUGAAAAUGAUAUAUAUUUUGAAGUUGUAGAUUUUAGAACAAAAGAGUUUGAGAGAAAGAUAGAUAAUUAUUCAGUUUAUGACAACCUCAAGUUGUUCAAAAAGGAGAGAAAAGAUAAUUUAGAUGAACCAUUAGAUAAGUACAAUGAUAUCAAAUUCAAGAAAUGUAUAAAAGAAUUAAUUGAGUUUGGGAAUUCAGAUCCUAGUUUACUAAUUGAUAUAUUGAUAAGAAAAUAUUAUAUAAUAUAUCCAAACACUAAACUUAAAGCCAAAAAGAUAAAGUACAAUCCAUUAUUUGAAAAAUUAUAUAAACCUUUGUUUGAUGAAUUGAAUGUUGAAUUUCAUUUGAGAAUGCUUUAUCAAAUUUCAAACUUGGUUGAGUAUAAUGACAUAAGUGAAGUAAGUCAAAAACUUUAUAAAAAAUUAGGAUUUUCCACAAUACUAUCUCAUGAGGAAGCGGAACAAUUAAUUGAAUGGACACCGUAUUUAAUCAAAUUCAUCUUCAGUGUACCAUUUUCACAAGUUCCAAGCACAUUGUGUUGCACACCUACCGAACUACUCACUUCUGUUUUUGACAAAUUGAAAACUAUAUAUAAACUGGAUCAGACGUUAAAUAAAUUGCUAAAUAUCAUCUCAGUUCAAGCAAAUGAGAAAAAUUAUGAUAAAGAAAUGAUUGAGAAAUUGAACACUCUAACAAAGAAAAACCAGGCCACCAAAGACAAGCCAGUAUUCGAAUUACCACCUUCAAUAGACGACUUAUUGGCUGAAGAUACAUCUAGCAAAAGAUCAGCCAAUGACGACAUUUCAAGCAAUGAUGAUAAUACUAAUAAGAAACGAAAGAAAAAUUCUAAUGAGAAAAAAGUUUAUUUAUUAGAAGAACAAGAAGACUGGAGACCAACUCCUUUUGGUAUGUGUAUAUAA